AAAAGAAAAAGAAAAAUAAAGAAAAAGUCAUGCAAAGCUGUGCUGGCAGGGCUUAUAAUCCUGCUGGUCAAACCCCAGUCAGACACUUCCACCACCACGAUGCCCACCACCGCCACCACCUACACGACCAUUCCAAUCUCCGGCACUGACGUAAUCUUCCGAUCCUUCCAAAACCUCUCCUCCUUCCUCUCCCUCCUCCGGCCCUGGCCGGAAUUCAUCUCCAACGCCGCCUCCUUCGACCUCCCGGACUCCCUCCACCACGCCGCAACCAGAAUCCGCCUCAACUCCAAAUACUUCUCCGUCAACUACGGCAUUAUCAUCACCGCCUGCUUCGUCGUAUCCUUGAUCGGAGAUCCUAAAUCGCUCUUAAUCUUCGGUUCGGUUUUGACGUUAUGGCUCGUACUUUACUUUUUCCGUGAAGAUCCGAUGGUUGUGUGGGGCCACCACGUUCACGAUCACCUCGUGACUGCCGGACUUGUUUUCGUUACCGGAAUUGCGGUUUGGUGGUUAGGUUUUGUUAGCAGUUUGUUGAUCGGAGUGGCGGUUGGGGUUUUGGUGUCGGUUGUUCAUGGAGUUUUUAGAAACCCUAGGGGAAUAUAUCUUGAUGAAAUUGAUGCUGAAUCUGAAGGAUUGAUAUCGCCUACAUCGGUUAAUUCUAGGGUUUAUGAUUUCUCCAGUUAGGGUUACGGGCAUAUUGUUGUUACUAAUGAUUCUGACGGUGAGGUGUGUGAUUAAUUGAUUUUGGAUUGUUGUGAGGUUUUAUUUGUAAAGUGUGAGCAGAUUGUUGUUACUUGUGGUGUUACAUUUUUUCAUAAAUUUGAUCAUAUAUUUCUACUUUGUUCUGAUGAUCAUGCUGUAUUUAAUGAACUCAAACUAUUCAAUGAAUCUGAAUUCUUGGAAA